AUGGGCACCAGGGACAGCCUGGGUUAUACCUAUUGCCGGGACAGACUUGUCAUCCAGUCCCUGUGGCAGAUGCCACGAGGUACCAUCCGAAUCCCCAGCUGUCGGGAAGGCCAACCAGAAGAUGCCUUCAGCUAUCAACCUUCUUUGGGCACCGCCUCGGCUAAAGGAAACAGUCUCCCCCAAGGUCACGCCUCCUUCCAGAGGCCUCUGGUCGCCAGUGGCCACUCACUGUUCCACAUGAUGUAA